AUGGUAGUGACGGAAAUCAAAGACGAUUUGACCCGCCGUCGAGAGCGAGGGCGACGCUCGCAGGCAGCAUUCCGCAAACGCCAGGCCAAAUCCGUCCAGGCUCUGACAGAUCAGAAUUCUCGACUACUAAAAGGUGUCCAGCUACUUCUAGAUGAAAUCCGGGGUGAUGAAAGACCAGAGAUUCUCAGCAUCUUACGAGACUUGGCUGUGACAGCCGAUCUCAGCAUCCCAGCAACCUUGCCGUGCAACGAAUCGUCAAAAUCAAUAAGUACAUCAAUAAACAUAACUUCCCAGUGUCUCGACACUUUCGAUACAAGUCUAUUGACAAACAAUUCCUCCGACAUACCACUAUCUUGGGACAUUAUUCCGACGUCUGCCCCUCAUUAUCGUUUAGACUGCAGUGUAUGGCUGGACCCUUUGCACUACCUCCGUGUCUCAUUACCACCUCAAGAUCUUCUCCCGUAUCUUGGUACUGGUGCAGAGACCUUUGCAGGGCUUCUCUUCUGGUCCGUCAUGGAACAUAGUCAGAGUGGCUGCUCGCACCAUGAUGCUGUAUCUAUCAUUGAGACUGGCCUUGGCCACUCCGCUGCCAUACGCGAUAUCAAACCGACUUUCAUCCAAACGAUGGCGAGGGCAAGAAUAGAGUACAAGAAGACUGGUUCCAUCAGCCAAGAGCAUGCCGUGGCUGGAGAAGAUGAUCUAGGCCUGGUAUUGUGUAAGCUCGUGGAAGAUGAUUAUCGAUCGAAGGGUAAAGACCCGAAUCAAUGGUUAUCGUGUGUUGCUAUCGAGAAGAGGAUAAAGAGAGCAAUAGGCGGUUACAGGUUGAAUUUGCUGAAGUCGGCUGCUAACGGUCAGGCAAACUCGACACUUCAUGGCUUGCUAGAAGGCAUUCUGUGCAAGCUGUACGAUAGCUCGGUUUGCUUUGGGGACGGACCUCGAUGGAAUAUCAAGGUCAUAGAUCAACUAUUUGCACCGCUAAUAAUGCAGACACUUUUGGUUUGA